AUGUCUCAACAACUCGAUGAUGAUCAUUCUCACACUAUAAAUAACACUACCACGAGCAACAACAACAAUAACUCCACCACCAACACUCGAACCACCACCAACUCUACAACAUCUACUUCCAUGAUCAAUGAUUUGAAACAAUUAUUGAAUCUAUUGCAUGUCAUUUUCAUCAUUCCCAUCCUUCAAUUCAUUCAACAUCCACAACUUGGUUCUUAUUGGAAGAUUCUGAAUAAUGAUGAUGAUGAUGAUGAUGGGAGUAGUACUGCUAGUACUUUGAACUCUUCAACAACAACAUCAAAACACUCUCCUCUCAUUAGUAUUGCCAAAUCUCAUUUAUCUUCUUCACUCGGAGGAGUCUCAACACACACUCCGAGAGGAUCCAAACGUAUGAUGGUUGGAGAAGAGAAUCAACAAAACAAGGCACAAAUCAUUCGAGAGAGAAUUAUGAAUCUAUCGAUCAGUACACAACAGGGAUCAUUGCUCCAUGAUGAUGAUGAGGAUCAUGACAUGAUGGAUGAAGAGAACGAGGAUUAUGAACAAGAUGAUGAUGAUGAUGACAUGGAAGAUAUUCAAGUGAGUGAUCAUGAAGAAGAAGACUCGAAGGAAGAUUCAUCCUCCUCUUCCUCUCUCAGUGAUGGUGCUAGUACUACUACUACUACUACUACUACUACUGCUGCUGCUGCUGGUGCUGCUGAGAAGAACAAUUCCUCCACCAUCAACACCAGCACCCCCAGCACCACUUCAAUCCUCACCAUUACAUCGUCGUCAUCGUACAGUACUGCUGAUCCGUCUGCUUCUUCUUCUUCUAUCAAUACUACUGAUGCCACUUCCACACCAACCACCCUCAAAGUUCCAAAAUUAUCACUUCUUGGUUCAUCAUCACCCUCAUCAUCAUCAUCAUCACCUAUUCACGUACGAUCACGCUCCUCAGGUUUAACCAUUAGUAGUACUACUACUACUACUACUACUGCUAAUACAACUACUACUAGAGUUGGUGGUGAUGGUGGUGGUGGUGGUGAUACCUCUUCCAUGGUUCCAACUCUACAAAUUGGUUCUCUUCCUGUCACUUCCAAUUAUCUUUCCAAUUUGACAGCACCAAGUACUCUCUCAGCACGUGGUAAAAGUGCAAGUAACAAUCGAAAUUGUAUCAUCAUCAAUGGUGGUCAUGGUCAUGGCAGUGGAUUGGAAUCUUCUCCUCACAUGAGACUUGUGAACAAUGAAAUUGAAAGAAUCCUCCAAACACCCAAUGCCUGUGAUUUGAAAUUGAAUUCUCUCACAUUGACCAUAUUUCCACACAAAUUAUUUAAUUUAUUUAAAACACACAAAAUUACCAAGAUUGAUGUCUCUGAUAAUAGACUCACUUCUCUCUCCUAUCACUUUACCAAUUCAUUUCCAUAUUUGGAAGAAUUGAACCUUUCUAGAAAUUUAUUUACAUCCAUGUUCAAUGAUUUUAACAAAUUGAAAUAUUUAAGAGUAUUAGAUUUGAGUUACAAUGGAUUUGAAAUUCUUCCUCAAAAUGUAUUACAAUGUACUAAUUUACAAGAACUCUAUUUGAAUCACAAUUCAUUGAUUGCCUUGCAACCUGACAUUGCAAAAUUACAACAAUUACAAGUGUUAGAUAUUUCUAACAAUUUACUUUCAAAAUUACCAGAUGAAUUGACUCAAUUGAAGAAUUUAAAGAAAUUGAAUGUAUCCAAUAACAAGUAUAUUGAUUCAGCCAUGAAGAUUAUUAUGGAUUUGUACAAACAAAAUCCAAAUUUAGAAAGAGACAUUAAGAGUGAAGAUUUGGGUGAUAAUAGAGAUGUUCUUCUUGUUGCAUCAUCAUCACCUUCUUCUUUGACUACAGCCCCUACUACUACUACAAAUACCACCACUACUGCUAGUGCCACUACUCACACUUCCAGUACAACUACUACUACUACUAGUACUACUACAACCACAACAGCAACUCCCACCAAAACUGAUCGCAGUGCAAGCAUGACCAAUUUGUCAAAAACACCACCACACACCAUCAGCCCUCCUAACAAGAUCAUGACCAAAGUGGCCACUACUACUACUACGACCACCUCGACAGAUUCAUCACUUUUAAAAACAUCAUCAUCCAUGGAUACUUCAGAUGCACUCACAACCAAACGUGUCUAUUCCAUUCUCGAAUUGAUUGAAUCUGAAUUCAAAUACAAGAAUUAUCUUGAAACAUUAUUCAAUGAAUUCAUGUUACCCAUUAGUAAUUGUGAUGAUUUACAACAACAAGGUCAAUUGAAGUUUAUUGGAUGUGGAAUUCAAGAUGGUCCACAAUUUGUGAAAAAGAUAUUUCCACCAGAUUUGGAAAAUAUUUUGAAAUGUUCACAAAUGUUUUAUAGAGAAUUGGUCAAGAUUUUACUAGAACCAACCAUCACCACCACCACGACCGAGGCGACGAUUCAUCAAAAUCUACCACAAGCCUACUCUCAAUAUCCAAAAUUCAAACAAGUCAUUGAAAUGGCAAAAACAGUGACAGGCACUGAUGGUUUGGAUAUUUCAAGUCUGUUGAUCAUGCCAUGUCAACGUAUUGUAAAAUAUUGUUUAUUGCUUAAGGCUAUUAUGAAAGAGACACCAACAGAUCAUCCAGAUUAUCCUCUCUUAGAAAUUGCUUCUACUAAAAUGCAAGCAACAGCACAUGAAAUUAAUCGAAAGAUGAAAGAUAUUGCCAACUUGAGAAAUUUAAUUGAUAUUGCCUCACAGUAUUCCAUUGAUGGAUUGGUCGUCUCUACACGAAGAUUUAUCUCAACGACAAGUGUCAAGAUUUAUAUUGUGCCAUCAAGUGGUACUAAUAGUAGUAGUAGUAAUAGUGGUACUAGUGGUAGUAAUACUAAUAGCUUGAUUCUUCAAAACACUUCUGGCACUAAUAUUGUCACUCGUGAGAAGGCUAAAAUUCAUCUCUUCAAUGAUCGAAUUCUUUUCACCACUAUUGAAGACUCCCAUUAUUACUUUAGCGUUGGAUCAUUAUUGCAAUUGGGAAGAAAUCCAUCCGAAUUGUACAAAUUAUCUGAAGUGGAAUUGCCCUCGAUGGACAACACAACAAUGGACAAGACCAAAGUAUCGCUGAAUAUUCUACCCAAAUCGUCUCAAUACAUUUUAGAAUGUGAGAGUGAGAGUGUGUGUAAUACUCUUACACAACAAUUGAAAGAUUUGUUAACCACCACCACCACCACCACUGCAGUGCAAAAGUAG